UCAGAACGUUCCUUUUUUUCUUUGGAUCGUGCCCGUGAUUGGAACUUCGAGUGGGCAAUGGCAACAGGCCUGGAACUGCCAGUUGCGCGACAAAAACCUGCUGCAUUGGAUCCGGAUGCGUGGAGGUCUCCCCGACAGAUGGAGCAGACAGGAUCGCCAAUGCAUUCACAGGCCUUGUUGGGGCGUGGUGGGCAUUCGCGGUCACCUUCACCUCGUCCGUCUGUGGACUUUGAGACCCCGAUCGCGCGAGAGAAUGUGAUUCGACCCUUUCGACCAACGAAGGUCUAUGGAUCAGGAGGAGCGCCCAGAUCUCCGAUGCAUUCAGAGGCCUUGCGCUCUGCACGCCAGCACAGCAAGUCGCCGCGAAGUCUUGAGCCCUCUCCUUUCUACGGUUCAGACACUUGGGAGGCUCCGACGGCCUCUCCUGAACGAAACUCGAAGAUGACGCUUGACGCUAGCACCUCCUUCCGAUCUGAGCUGGUGACGGCUUCGCCCAGGCAUUCGAGCUCACUCUCUCCUAGACAUAGCCUGCAGCAUCGCUCAUCACCUGCCACACCGGUGACACCAGACCAGAUGGGAAGUGAUCUUGCUGCCUCAUCUUUUAAACUUUCAGAGCGUGCCUACAUGCCGCGACAAUACCAGACACCAGCCUCUGGGCAUAGUUCGCCAAUGCAUUCGCAGGCCUUGCUUGACUGCCAACGCCAUAGCACCUCCCCCCGGCGCUCGCCGGUGGCGAUGGACGUGGAGCUCUCGCGGUCGCCCAGCACGGUGCGGCACCGACUGACCAUCCCCGAUCUGCCUCACAGAGGUGACGAGUCGCCUGGACACCGGCUGAGCAUUUGCAUGAGCGAGGAGUUCCGACCGUUGCAGGCCGAUGGCGCAAGGACGCCUUACGACCGUGAACUGGACAAGUUCCGGCCUUUGUCGCCACUUGCGAGCCAGCAGCAACAGGAGGACGAGUUGGACCGCUUCCGGCCGUUGUCCCCCAAGUCCAAGUGGGACGAACCGCUCAAUGAGCUGGACAAGUUCCGACCUUUGUCGCCAGAGUCGAAGAGAUCCACCUUGGAUGCGACGGACUCGAACACCUUCAGGAUGGCCUCCCCCGACUCCGGGGAGUCGAAGAGGUUGCGCUUCAGCGAUGAGAACAGGAGAUCACUUUCAAAGGAGAUUGCGGACAGUCCUGCCAUGGAGGAAGAAACCAGGAGGCAAGAAGAACUCACCCAACAGCUGACCAUGCAGAUCCGAAACCGCUCCCGGUCCUCUUCGAGGGCCUCCUCUGUGGCGGCGUCGCCGCAACAGAGCUCCCGCAUGAGCUCCCGGACGCAUCUGCCCAACCAGAUGUACCUGCCAGGAGUGCCAGACCGCCCUCACAAGGCUGCAAUGCAACAGCAACAACUUCAACAGCAGCACCAGCAGCAGCUGCAACAACUCCAGCAGCAGCAAAUGCAGCAGCAGCUGCAAGAGCAACUGCAGAUCCAACAAAAACUACAGAUGCAGCAGCAGUUGCAAACGCAGCGACUGAUGCAGCAACAGGUACAGGAGCAGCCACAGCACCUGACUCAGCCAAUGCCUCUUCAGUCAACGCCUUUUGCGCAGCCCAGCCUGCCUCAAACACAGCCCAGCCUGCAGACUCAACCCAGUUUGAUGCCCGUGAUGCGUCACCCGGUGUCCUUGGAGAACUCGCCUGUGACACGGACCACCUUUUUUCCGGACGAAGUGGGCAACAGCAUGGCACCGCUUGAGGACACACCUCCAGCAGUUGUCCGCCGUGCUCCAAAGUUGAACCUCCAAGCAGCCCCUACCAUUCCGCUGCCAUCACACGAUGGUGUGGCAUUGGAGCCCUACAGAACCGGUGACCUAGAAGAAGCGACCAGAUCUGGAGAAGUCUCUGACUGUGCGACGCAGCACGUCUCAGAGCUGGUCACGCAAGAAGUGGUGAGACCGGUGGAGACGCAGGUCAUCCGAGAAGUGCCACAGCCACAGAUGCCACACCUGCCGCCUCAACAGGCCCAACAGGUCGAGGUUGCUUGGGCUUCUCAGCGGCGCGCCGCUCGAGAGCCAGACCGGGCCGUGCAAGAGACACAGCAUGUGCCUCCGUCCAAGAGCCCCGUGCAAGAGUACCAGUUGAGCGAACGUCGAGGUGAAGGUCGCCGGAGUGCGGAUCUGCCGAAUGCGAAUGCAGCCAGCCGCCAUGGCCCACCCGUGGCCCGAGACUUUGCACCUCCACCGCCACCGCCACCGCCGCCACAGGAGGUGUCUCAUCACCCGCCAGGGUACUCGCCGGCAGCACCGGUGCAGACGCUUCAAACCAGCUCGUCGGUCCACUCGGCGCAUGGCAUGCGACCAGAGGCUCGCUAUCGCUCUGCCUCCGAGCCCAGGCUCCAACGCCAUGCCUGUACAAUGACUGAGGGCUCAACCACGUCGUCCAACUCCAAAGAGAGGAUACGAGCAUUGGAGUCGGAGGUGGCCACGCAAUGCCAAUGGAUUCGGGCCUUGGAGGGGAACUUGAAGACGGCGGAAAGUCGGGCAGAGCGUUUCGAAGCCUCAGGCAUGGCUGCACAGAAAGAAAUCGAGAUGACCCUGUCCCAGCUGAAGUCGUCAAAUGAGGAAGUGCUGACGAGAAGUACGCGCAUCGCUCAGCUGGAAAGUAAACUCGAGUUGUUGGAGAACAAGAGGGGAAGCUCCGAUUCGAAGAAGAUGAAGCACUCGAGCUCGGAGGGAAGCAUUCGCUCAAGCCGAAUCGCAGAUCUGGAGAAGCAGGUGAGUCAGCUCACCAAGCAGCUGAAGGCCACCAGGAAGGGUUCGCAGGAGGAUUCCUUGCCCAACAGUGUCGUCUCGGAGGUGAGUGAGGACCAUCGGCUGGCCCGGCGUCGGGCCACCGAGUGGCAGGAGCGUUGCGAGCUCUUACGCAGGUCCUUUGAUCGCGAAUCUGCUUCGCAAGAUCUUCAAAUCACGCGUGGUCGCUUGAGAGAUGCCGAGAACAAGGUGCAGCUCUUGAAUUCCGAGCUCGCUGGAAUGCACCAAGCACAGGCUCAAGGACUCAAGCAGGAUGCAGAGGUGCUGAAGUUGAAGCAGCAGUUGCAGCAAUUGGAGGUGGAACUGAUGGUGCGGAAGGAGCGUUGCUCGGCCGCCGAGGCGCAGCUCGUGGACCUCACCGCCGAGUUGGGAGAUGUGAAAGCGGCCCGAACUCGGACGUUGGACCAGUACAAGGGCUUGGAUUCGGAGCUCGACGGGGCUCGUCGACGGAUUGCCAAUGCCGACCGGGAGGUGGCCAGAGCUCAAGGUGAGCGGCUAGAAGCGGAGCAGCGCUGCCAAGCUCUACAGUAUGAGUGCCGAAGUCUGAAGAAGGAGCUCCAUGACACCAAAGCAGCUCUACGUGCUUUGGACUUGCCUCACCGGUCCUCCAUUUGUGCUACGGCGCGGGCGGACGCUCUCGUCGAGGCAGGGUUGCAUUUUUCCAACCUUACCGACCGGAGCACCUCCACCUCAUCAGAGGUGGACCUGGCUCCUCAACGCCUCAAGGCCACUCUUUUGAAGCCCAGAGAGGUUGCAGAAGCAAAGGCUGAGCGGACAGCAGGUGCUUUGGAUGAAGCCAGGCGUGAGCUGAAACGCUCCCAAAAGGAAGCGGGCAGCUUGCGCCGUGAGCUGGCCGUGGCCGUGGCCAACGCCAUCGCCGCAAAGGCCGAUUCUCCACCCUCUCGGCGUCGCCAGGGAGUCCGCCUUCGCAUUGAGCAGGAGGCGGCCGAGCGGCUGGCGCUGGGCUUAGGACCUGCCGACGCGUGAUGCCUCGACAGAAGGACCAAGCUGAGCGGCUUAGCCGUUAGAAGUCCAAGGGAGCACGGAAGAAGUGGACCAGUGGAGCC